AUGCCCCAGUCGAACGCUCCUUUGCCUGCUUGGACACCACCCAAAUCCCACACAACCCCCAAAUCUCAACUUCCACCUCCUCGGAAACGAUCACGGUUCCUAGGCACAUUCACGCCACGUACAGUCGCGGCCCCGCUAGCCGCCUUCACGAUGGCCAUAAUCUUAUACACCUACUCUGUCUCCUCGAUCAACGCCGCCAAACGAAAUGCCGCAUUACAUCGCGCCGCCGACGGUGGACAACUAGACAUGCGAAGGGAGAGUCUGCGAAGGCAUGGAAUGCUUGAGAGGGUUGAGGGAACUCGAAUGGGAGAGUUAUACAGGGCCAGUGGAGGGCAGGUCAAUGACAACGGAUUGCAGGGAAGAGGCGAUGGUAGUGGCAGCAACAGGACGGGUGUGGAAGAGGAGCUAGAGGGGUGGAAAGGGAGAGAGGGUGUUGAGAGGAGAAUGAAGGGUCCGCCGCCUGGGUUGCCAGGGGCUGAAGCACAGGCGACGCUGCCGGGGACGAAGCACUGA